UUUCGAAAAAGAAUGUCGGAACUCAAUUGCCAUGUGCUAACGUACAACUGUGGGCGCGAGCUUGUCGACAUCGAUUACUUUGCGUCCUCGCUCUACUCAAGUCUCAAGUCGCAUGCUGAAGCGCCUGACUUCAUCGUCCUGUCGUUGCAGGAGCUUGCGCCUCUCGGACUCAGCUUCCUAGGAGGCUCGUUCUUGAACAUCUAUUUCGCGACGCUUAGAACCGCCGUCUUACGCGCGCUAUCAUGGCGCUUCGAUGCAGAUGCAGAUUGGGAAGAUGUGUCCGCGAACAACUUGGGCAUGACUGCCAUCAUGGUUUUCGCACGGAGGAGCGUCAAGGAGGAGAUCCGAUGGGUUGAAGAAGCGGGCACUGGCGUAGGUGUGCAAGAGAUGGGGAACAAGGGCGCAGUCGCAGUACGGAUCGGUUUUGGAGAUGAGGAGACAGUGGUCACAUUCAUCGCCGCACAUCUGGCACCUCACGAGGACGCUUGGCAGCGAAGGAAUGCGGACUGGAAAUCUAUCUGCGAGAAUCUGGUUUUCACACCUUCGACUCGUGGUACGCACACGCAGCAAUCACUCGACUCUUCAAAAAGACAAGACGGCGAGGAGGAAGAGCCAUUGCUGCAGGAUACGGUGCCCUCGCCCGCUGGGAAAGCUUCCUCCGGACGAGAUCUAUUCGCUGUACCGUCAUACAUUUUCAUUGCCGGCGACCUCAACUACCGCACAUCCGACAUCCCUCCUGUACUGGAUGGCUCGGCUGUUCAGCCUCAAUUAGGCUCAUAUGGCCCGUCUCUGUAUGCGAAUGAUCAACUGACACGAGAAAGAGAGGCCCGGCGGACACUGCACCAUCUCGCAGAGGCGCCUAUCAAGUUUCCACCAACAUACAAAUACACCUCACAUGCUCAAAAGCUGGCCGCAGACUAUGCGAAAUCCGCAGAAAGCACAGAAAAGGUCAACAUCUUCGCCAAGCACCGUUUGCCUUCAUGGUGUGACCGCGUUCUUUAUCUAUCCACGGCACCCGUGAAAACUCACACAUAUGCUGCAUUGGCUGUCCAGCCGACGAGCGAUCACAGACCCGUCGCACUCAUCUGCUCAAUACCACGAAAAGCAUUGGAGGAUCACGAGUUCCCGUCUGAGUCACCCUUUGGCAUACGGUCGGACUGGAAGGAGCGGCGACAGACUGCCAGGACCCUCGAGCUCGUGGUCGGGGCAGGCGCGUAUCUCGGAUUCACAAGCCAAGGACAAAUCAUCCUGAUAGCAUCGGCGUUGGCGGUGAUCGUUGGUGGACUGGCUUUGGGGUAUGCUUUACAAUGA